AGUCCCAUAAAGCAAAAGGAUAGAGAUAAUGCCUACCUGACCCCUCUGUUUCUCUCUCUCUUUCUCUCUCCAUCUCUGUGUGCGCGAAAGCUGAAAUUGACUUCAGAGCCAUCAGAGGAGAAGAACAAGAAGUUCAGGGAACACCCCUGAAUAAUACCCAUCUUCAAAUUUUAUUUCUUUUUUUUCAAGAUUAACAGGUGGAAAGGUUGUCCGAACUGGGUUUUCAGAGGUAGUUUGGUAUCUAGUGAUCAGAAGGUAGUUUGAGAAGUAGAAGAUUUUGGUAGAAAAUAUCAUCUGGGAUCGUUGUGAUUCCCUGUUUAUUUGGGGGGAGGGGGGGUUUGUUUUGGGAAAUGAUGAUGAUGUUCGAUGAUAUGGGACUUUGUUGUGAUAUGGAUUUCAUAUCUGCCCCUCUUGGGGAAGGAGAUAUGGCUGCCCCGCCACCUGAACCAGAAGCCACAGGGGAGGAUGAUUAUACUGAUGAAGAGAUAGAUGUAGAUGAGCUUGAGAGGAGGAUGUGGAGGGACAAGAUGCGUCUCAAAAGGCUCAAAGAGCAGAGUAAGGGUAAGGAAGGGAUUGAUUUAGUGAAGCAGCGACAGUCCCAGGAACAGGCAAGGAGGAAGAAGAUGUCAAGGGCACAAGAUGGGAUCUUGAAGUACAUGUUGAAGAUGAUGGAAGUGUGUAAAGCCCAAGGGUUUGUUUAUGGUAUUAUUCCAGAGAAGGGAAAACCUGUGACUGGGGCAUCUGACAAUCUUCGUGAGUGGUGGAAGGAUAAAGUCCGGUUUGAUCGUAACGGCCCAGCUGCCAUAGCCAAGUACCAAGCAGAUAAUGCCAUCCCAGGCAAGAAUGACGGCUGUAAUUCAAUUGGUCCAACACCACACACCUUGCAGGAGCUUCAGGAUACCACCCUUGGUUCUCUGUUGUCAGCACUCAUGCAACACUGUGACCCCCCUCAGAGGCGUUUUCCACUAGAGAAAGGUGUUCCCCCACCAUGGUGGCCCACUGGAAAUGAGGAAUGGUGGCCCCAGCUUGGUCUGCCUAAGGAUCAAGGCCCUCCUCCUUACAAGAAGCCUCAUGACUUGAAGAAGGCAUGGAAGGUGGGUGUCCUCACUGCAGUUAUCAAGCACAUGUCCCCUGAUAUUGCCAAGAUUCGCAAGCUUGUAAGGCAGUCUAAAUGCUUGCAGGACAAGAUGACAGCCAAGGAAAGUGCCACCUGGCUUGCCAUAAUAAACCAGGAGGAAGCCUUGGCUCGAGAUCUUUACCCUGAUUCAUGCCCCCCAUUGUCCUCUGCUGGGGGGAGCGGGUCUUUGGUCAUCAAUGAUUGCAGUGAGUAUGAUGUUGAAGGGGCUGAUGAUGAACCAAACUUUGAUGUUCAAGAGCGCAAACCUGAGAAUCUUAAUUUAUCCUCUAUGGGGAUGAGGGAAAGGCUGUCAGUUCGACAAACACCAUAUCCUAUCAAGGGAGAAAUUGUUACCAAUUUGGAUUUUAUUCAGAAGAGGAAGCCAUCCAGUGAUUUAAACAUGAUGAUGGAUCAGAGGAUCUAUACAUGUGAGUUCCUUCAGUGUCCUUACAGUGAAGUCCGCCUUGGCUUUAACGACAGGACUUCCAGGGACAAUCAUCAAUUGACUUGUCCAUAUAGAAGUACUUCAGAGUUUGGAGGGUCAAAUUUUCAUGUUAAUGAGGUUAAGCCAGUUAUCUUCCCUCAGUCCUUUGCUCAAGCCAAGCCAGCUGCUCCAUCAGUAAACUCAGCCCAGUCUGCCUUUGAUUCAUCAGGACUUGGAGUUCCUGAAGAUGGGCAGAAAAUGAUCAGCGAGCUUAUGUCAAUCUAUGACACCAACAUUCAAGGCAAUAAGAAUGUUACUACCAGUAACAGUUCAGUCACAGAGAAUCAGAGUCUUCCCCAGCUGAAAAUUCAACCACAACAGGAGAGUUACUUUCAUGGUCAAGGGGUUGUGAUGGAAGGAAACUUCUUUGAAGAAUCCAACAUCCACAAUAAUCAUCAGAUGUUCCCGCGUGAGGAAAAUCAGUUUGACCGUUUUAAGGCAUUGAAUACCCCGUUCGAGACCAACCAUAACAGCAAUAAUUUCCAAAUGAUGUAUGGCUCUCCAUUUGAUUUGGCUCCCUUCGACUACAAAGAGGAACAACAAGGAGUAGCAAUGGAUACACUGACGAAACAGCAGGAUAUUCCAAUUUGGUACCAGUGAAAAUGUCAAUUAGAUUCGGCCUUCUCUGGUUCAAGUCUUCAAAUGCAAUGCAAGUCCUUUGAGAUGAAAUAGAAAAACCUUCCUUAAGCUGAAAAACAGUUGUUGUUGUUGUUGUAGUAGUAUUUGCCUUCAAAAUGUAGCAAUGUAAGUCUAGAAUUUUUAAGAUUAGUAGAGGCCUUAAAAUGGCCUAAUAAAGAAUUAGAGUCCCUGUUGUUAAUUACUACAUGUAUGGCUGUCAUAUAAAUAAGUUAGGUGUAAUUUUCCUUUAUGUUUUUCUUCUUGAUUUCAAUUUUAACCAACAAUCAUGUCCUGUAAUUGGCACAUUGUAUUGGGAUAUAGCUUGUGUUUGAAUGUGAUGUAUGUUUUUGUUUUCAUUA